AUGCUAGGAGCGUGGAAAGAAUAUUUAGAGGAGAUCAACGACGAGUUUAAGCGUGUUAGGUUAGAGUUGGAGUCAUCCGAUGAAUUUCAAGGAGCACUAAGACAAUCAAUCAAAAAGGAAGAAGGUUCCUAUGGAUCGAUCGAAAAUCUAUAUCAAUCCGCACGCGCUGAAUUUGAGCUCACGUACCUGAAAAUCAAAGGAUUUCUAGUUUCGAAUAUACAAAAACCUUCAUCAUCUACCGCAAUAAUCGUGCAAUCCGCUACAAAUACCGUACAUUCGCGGGUGAAAUUUCCGGAAAUAAAACUUCCGCAUUUCGACGGAUCCAUUAGGGAAUGGCCCACAUUUAGGGAUACUUUUAAAUCGUUGAUCGGUUCCGCACCUCAGCUCAGCAAUGUGGACAAAUUUUCGUACUUAGUCUCAUCUUUAUCUAAAGAGGCUAAGCGUGUGAUCGAAGUAAUUGAGGUUACAUCAGCCAACUAUUCUAUCGCAUGGGAAUUAUUAGAAAAGAGGCUGAUCGAUGAAUAUGAGCGAAAUCUGAAAAUGCUCAAGAAGUUGGAUGAGCAUCCGGAUGACUGGAGUACUAUGCUCGUAUUCAUGCUCAGUUCUCGUCUAGAUCCCGUAACCAUGCGUAAUUGGGAGACACAUCGGAGGUCAACAAAUGUUCCUACGUACAUUGAACUCGUCGAUUUUCUGCGCGGUCAUAGUUUGGUCCUUCAGUCUGUUGCCGCAUCUAAGCCUCGACCAUCCGAUCCUCCUCGCAUGUCUUCCGCAUCUCGUUCCAACACUUUCAAACUAACGUCUGUGCAUUCAGCCGUGUCGCCGUCGCAGAAAACAUGUCCUUUCUGCAAGAAGUCACCUCAUUCACCGUUCCAGUGUGAAACCUUUCGCAAAAUGACCGCUACUGAGCGGUACGGAGCCACCAAGAAAAAUUCGCUCUGCAUUAAUUGCCUAUCGUCAUCUCAUCUCGUCAAGAGCUGUUCUAGUGGAGCUUGCCGUGUGUGUAAUCAAAAACACCAUACGAUGCUGCAUCAACGAACCAAUCCGCCAAAUAGCCAAUCAAACCAACCCCACCAAUCGAAGCUUCCGCCAUCUGGUUCGCAGUCAUCCUCCUCGUCCUACCCUCCAGCAAACCACUCACAGUCGUCUCACUCAAGCAAUCUACAUGCGUCUCCUGAGAACCCAGCCUCCACCGUCUCUGCAAUUUCGACAAGCCACUUUUCAUCAGCACCCAACGAGCAACAGCAUAUCGUCCCAACAACGGUGUUAUUGUCAACCGCACUAAUGAAAGUUUUUGAUGCUAGUGGACAGUUCCUGUGGGCCCGAGCUCUUCUGGAUUCAGGGUCGCAGCUUAACUUCAUAUCGGAGCAGCUUGUCCAAAAAUUGAAGCUGAAUCGUGCAAGGGAGUUCAUCCCAAUCAGUGGUGUUGGACUUUCGUCUACUUUAUCCAAAUAUUCUACUACCGUUCGUAUCCAGUCCCAUCACCCUGGUUUUGAUACCAGUUGGAAAUUCCACGUUCUUCCUAAGAUCACGAUGGAAUUACCAAAUCAAGUCGUCGAUGUGUCAAGCUUCAAGUUUCCUUCGGACAUCGUGCUAGCGGAUCCUUCAUUCAGUCAACCCGGUCCAAUAGAUUUAAUUUUCGGCGUAGAAAACUUCUACGAUCUUCUAAGGGAUGGUCAAUUACAGAACGGUCCCGGAGAACCUAUUCUUCAAAACACUGCACUAGGAUGGGUGGUGUCUGGAAAGGUCAGAUCUGGAAGGAUAAAAUCAUCAGUCAUCAAUCUCGCUUGUUCAAUAGCCACAAUCGAGGAGCAGCUAGCUCGGUUUUGGGAAAUCGAGUCAUGCCGCACUACCAGUACGUUCUCAUUGGAGGAAGCUGCAUGUGAGGAACAUUUCGCCAGAACAACUUUCCGAGAUCCUAAUGGUCGUUUCGUCGUCGCUUUCCCUAAACGGGAAUCAACUUUUUCCAAACUCGGGAGUUCGAAAGAAAUUGCUACUCGUCGUUUCUUAUCUUUGGAACGAAGACUUCUCGCUAAUCCUGCUCUGAAGGAUAAUUAUUCAGCAUUCAUUCGUGAGUAUGCGGAGCUCGGAGAUGACAGCAUUACCACGAAGUUGAGAGUGGUAUUCGAUGCAUCAUGUCCAACGAAUACUGGGGUGUCUCUUAAUGAUACCCUCAUGGUUGGUCCGCAGAUACAAGACGAUCUGGUUGCCAUACUCCUUCGAUUUCGAUUUCCUCAGUACGCUAUCAUCUCUGACAUCGAGAAUAUGUACAGACAAAUCAGGAUGUCUCUCCUCGAUCAGCAACUCCUACUGAUUCUUUGGAGAGAGUCACCUUUGGAACCUAUAAAGACAUACCGACUGACCACAGUAACAUAUGGUACUUCAUCGGCCCCGUACCUCGCGACUAAAUGUUUACAGCAACUCUCGGAAAUUGGAUCCAAGAGCCAUCCUGUAGCUGCGGCUGUAAUGGGCAAGGAUUUUUAUAUGGAUGACUUACUCACAGGUACCAACACUGCUGAAGAAGGUCAAGCGCUCAUCCAACAGCUUCUUCAGCUGACGCAAUCAGCAGGGCUACAGCUUCAUGAUUUUCGUUUCGAGGUACCGCAGCACGGCAACAGUUUACCGAUCACUAAACGAAUCGUCCUUUCCGAUAUCGCACGGCUUUUCGAUCCCCUGGGGCUGGUCGGUCCAAUGGUGGUGCAAGCAAAGCUGUUCAUGCAGGAACUUUGGAGAGAAGGGAAGACCUGGGAUGACGAGCCCAACGAUUCUGCUCAACGCAAAUGGAUAGAAUUUCAUGACAACCUCGAAGGCCUCGGAAAGCUUAGUGUUCCACGGUGGGUAACGGCCACGUCGUCAGUCGUAUCAUUGGAGUUACAUGGCUUCUGCGAUGCCUCUACGCAUGCAUAUGGCGCAUGCAUCUAUGUGCGGGCAGUUUCGACGAACGGAGACAUAUUUACCAACCUCCUAACCGCAAAGUCCAAGGUUGCUCCACUUGGAAACUCCAUGCGAAAUCCUACGGUAUGUCUGCCCCGACUCGAGCUCUCUGCGGCUCUGCUUCUCAGCCACCUUUUCGAAAAGGUUGAGUCUAGCGUGAAUCUUCAAGUAAAAUGUUUCUUUUGGACUGAUUCGACGAUAGUAUAUUAUUGGCUGUCGUCUAGCCCAUCGCGUUGGAAAACAUUUGUGGCAAAUCGGGUCUCGGAAAUCCAGCAAUUAACGGCUAGAGGCAUCUGGGGACACGUGCCUGGUUUGGAAAACCCCGCUGAUAUCGUUUCCCGCGGUAUGUCUCCGGAGGAAUUGAAGGAUUUCACCGCCUGGUGUAAUGGACCUGAUUGGCUUCGCCAACCGUCUCGAUUUUGGCCAUCAAUUAGCGCUCCAGUACACCAUGAACUUCCACCGGACCAGUUGGAAGAAAGAUCCAUAGCGUUACCGGUUCAACUCCUACCUCCCAACGAACUAUUUUUAUUAUAUUCAUCCUUCACGAAGCUCCUGCGUAUUUCUGCACUGAUACGCAGAUUCAUACACAACUUGAAGUCACGAGACCGAGAAGUGCGACAUAAUGGACCCAUAACUACGGCUGAACUUCGUGAGGCAACAGAAAACCUCGUUCGAAUCGCACAGGAAGAACGGUUUACUCAAGAUUUUAAAGAUAUAUCUCGCGAUGGACAGGUCAAGAAAAAUUCGAGGCUGAAGGCUCUUUUUCCGCUGAUAGCCAACGACAUAUUGCGCGUCGGGGGUCGGCUGCGAAACGCUCCAGUAACGUAUAACCAGCGUCAUCCGAUGAUCCUCCCAGAUCGACAUACGUUGACUGAGCUGAUCCUAAGGUUCUAUCAUCUUAACCUUCUCCAUGCUGGACCUCAGUUAAUGACAGCAGCGGUUCGGGAACGAUUUUGGCCGCUGCGUGUUCGCAAUCUUGCACGACAGUUUUGCGAUUGCGAUGUCGUGAUGAAUCUUGUCGAAUGUAGCAGUCAAGUCCGUAUAGGCAUCAGUGAACUCAUGGGGGAAUUGCCAUCAGAACGUGUAACACCAACAUUUCCGAUCCUACGAACGGGAGUCGAUUACUGCGGACCUUUUUACUACCGUCCGAUACAACGAGGAGCUCCCGUUAAAUGUUAUAUCGCCAUUUUCGUAUGCCUAGUAACGAAAGCGGCUCACGUUGAAUGUGUUACAGAUCUAUCAAGCCAGGCAUUCAUCGCCGCAUUGCGACGCUUCGUUGCCCGAUGGGGCAGGCCAGAACUGAUCGAGUGCGACAAUGCCCUAAACUUCAGAGGAGCCAAGCGAGAGCUCGAUGAGCUCACUCGGUUGUUCGAAACCCAACAACAUCAACACCGCGUAACCAGUAGCUGUGCCAACGACGGCAUUGCCUUCAAAUUCAUACCUCCGAGGUCUCCAAACUUUGGAGGUCUCUGGGAGGCUGCCGUAAAGUCUCUCAAGAAACAUCUCCGCAGUACUCUUGGGAACGUUAUCCUCUACCUAGACAGUUUCUUGACUCUGAUCACCCAAAUAGAAUCCUGUCUCAAUUCUCGUCCGCUUACACAGCUCUCGGCUGAUCCUAACGACCUGGAGGUACUCACUCCUGGGCAUUUCCUGGUCCAUCGUCCGCUUGUCGCGGUCCCUGAGCCUAGUUUGGAAGGCAUCUCGAUGAACCGUCUCGACAGAUGGCAGCAAACACAGGAGUACGUCCGUCGAAUUUGGAAGCAGUGGCAGACAGACUACCUCUCUGGGCUGCAACCUCGGACACGCUGGACCCAGCGCCUGGACAAUGUCAAGCUGGACACGAUGGUUCUCUUAAAAGACGAAAAUCUUCCGCCGCUCAAGUGGAGACUAGGGCGGGUGACACAAAUAUUCAGAGGCGAUGACAACAAUAUUCGGGUGGUAACGGUCCGGACGAAAGAUGGCGAGUUUCGGCUUUCCAUCACCAAGAUCUGCGUGUUACCCACUUACCAACCCAGUGGAGAUCUAGCAUCAUCCGCUAACCUUCAAGAAGGAAACUAG